AUGGCCUCUUCGUCCGCGGCCAACGUGCACCUCCUCCCAGAGUCUGGCACGGAGCGAUCGCACACAUCUGGAAACGAGAGUUCACCGGAGUCUCGGAGAUUUCCCCCAAAAAACUCAGCUGGAAAUGUGCCUAUCUUUGAACACGGCGAAGAAGAGGAGGGUCCGAUCCCAGCUGGUGUCUGUCUGGAGCAGAUUAACGCAGAGCUCAGGAUUUACACCGAUCUGUGCGGCGGCCGAUCGAAACCAGAUGUGACCAAUCACAGGGCGGCUCCUCACGCAGCGAAGCCUCCAGGACAAACACGGGGCAGAGGGGAGGCCAGGGCAACAAGUUAG